CACUCGUAAAAAAAAUGUCGUUCACACCUAAUCGUUUUGCUGCACUUUUGGGAGAAGAAGAAGGAGAAGUUGAUAAAUUAGGCAACCUCAAACCUGCAGAAAAGAAAGAUAAAGAUCAACCACCCACUCGUCGCGAACAACGCAGAAUUAAUCAAAAGCGAGUUCCUGCUGUCUCACCUCCCUCAAGAAGAGAACAACGCGGUGGUCGUCCAAAAGAUGUCGGACAACAACCUCUUGAAGAAAAUACCAAUCAGCCCAAUAUUGGUGCUAUUAAUAGUGAAAAGAGAGAAAAACAGGCUAUCUGGAAAGAAGGCAGAAACAAGAUAUACGACCGCCACAGCCGUACUGGCAUCUAUGAUAAUGAAAAGAAAGUAACAAUGGGUUGGGGUGAAGCUGGCACCUCCGAACUCCAAGGUGCAAAUGACGUAUUAGAUCCCAAGGACCCAGAUGCUCCGGAGACUGGUAGAUUUAAUGCGGAUGAAACGACUGAGGAUCAUACCAAGACAUUAGAUCAGUAUCUUGAAGAACGAAAGUCAUCUGGUCACUUUCCCACUCUCCCUGAACCACGUAAGCCUAACGAAGGCGUGGCUGACAGCGAAUUGAAAGAAGCAGUUCCAUAUCGUAAAGAAUCUGAUAAUUACUUUGUUGGCAAGGACGAAGCUGGUUCUAAAGCUAAAGGCAAAGCAAAGAAAGGUAAAUCCUAUCUGGAAAUUGAUCAGCCAAGUUACCGUCCAUCUGGUGGUCGUAAUGCUUCUGGUCGUCAUAACCGCGGUACUCAGCGUGGAAAGCGUGGAGAUCAAAUCUCUGUCAACUUGUCUGAUGAUAGCGCAUUCCCCAUCUUGGGCGCUUAA